AUGUACGACUUGCAAUGUGAAUAUGUUGGAAAUGAAAGCCUCAUGGAAUAUUGCAUGUAUGUGGCUGCAAUAUUGCUGCUGGAGGAGACCGAUGAUCCUUCAAGGCUUCGCCAUGGGGAAUCUUCUUUAGCGGGUAAAUCCGACGAUUCUUUCCUAACGCGCGAACAUAUCGCAUGGCAUGCCUGGCAGGGUGACUCACGACAGAGGCGCGUGGUUGUUACCAAUCUUGAGAACGAGGAGAACAUGGAUGAUUGGUGGACAACAAACAGGGCACACAUCGAAAAUUCCGGCAUUAUCCCCGUUACGCAUGUCUGCAUCACAACUAUCAAGGGCUACCAAAACGCCUACGCAGCACGAUACUCCGAAUCCAGGGAGAAGGUGCACAAUAUGCUUAAGGAACUUGGAAGUAGUGGUGCGUGCUCGGUGGACGUGAGUAGUUGGUUUGCGCGGAUGUGCAAGAAGCUGCGGGAGUUCUUGGUUCCGGCCAAGGGAUUGGGGAGGAGUCGUCAGAAGAUGCUGCAGAUGCUCACCAAGCGUUGCAAGUUGCGCAAGGAGGAUGCAGUAAAGCUUCUUCAAAGGAUUGACGCGGAUGUAGAGAACUAG